CUACACUGGAAGAGUACUGUAGCCUUAUUAAACAUGACUGAGUUUUGCUGUCUGUUGCUGUUUCUAAUUACAAGUGAUGACUAACUACUCAUUCUUAUAACAUUUUGUAAAAAAAAAAAAGUAAAAAGAGAAAGACUGGAAGAUGAAGAGGAACUGUUAAUUAUGCAUGAAGGAAAAGAAAGGGGGAGAAUAACAAGGAGAAAAAAUGCAGAGAAAAUGGCAAAAAGCCAACGAUUGCUGAAAAAUGUGAAGUGUAAGUACAAUAGGUAUCACGUAUUUUCACUUCCAUACAAAAUUGUCCACCUGUUCCUAGCCUGUGGUCUGUCCUUGAACCUGUCCUUGCAGCUAGUUGAAGGAGCCUCCUUCAAGUGGCACCAUCAGUGGAGGAGACUUGAUGAAGGUAGGAAUUAGUGUCUGAAUAGUGCAGUAAGGAUCCCUCCAGAUAUCAUUUCUAUUAUAAAGUCAUGAUUAUAUAUGCGCAUGCUAUUAUCAGGGUGGUCACACACAAUCCCGCCUUUGAUACUGUUUGUGCCUGCAAAUGUUUGAGGUUGGUCACCCUUCAUUUGAAAUCAGUUCUUCUACCAUAACUUCCUUCUUGAAUCCCUAACUGUUCCUACCACAAAUGUUCUAGUUUGUUUUUCUCCUUCUUCUGUUGUGCUAUGGCCCCUCCACACAGCAGGAAUGUGCUAACAUUGGGGCAACAUCACAGAACAAAACAAAAGCAGAAUAAAUCCACCACUAAUGGGUCAUUAUGGUAUCAAGAACAUGUUGCAGAAGACACUCACAACAGAACAACAGUGUGGAGGGGCCAUCAGACUUUUUCAAGCAUUGGCUCUACCAGGUGGAGGUACAUACCCUUAGGAUACACUUUAGGUAGCAAAAUGUCCUAGACUGGUACUGUCAUUGUCACUUAUGAACUUCCACAGCCAAUAGAAGCACCAAGUUUUUAAUAAACAGGUGACUAUUACGUGGCAUCUCAGGAGCUCCCUUCCAUUUUCUUAAUCAUUUGUUUUGGAAAUACAUGCCUCACUUUCUCCUAAAUAAAAUGCUCUAGUAGGAAAGCAUAUUGUGUUCUCUGGCAAACACAUUAUAGUUUCAUCUCAUUCUCUCUAUGCCCGAACUAAGCUGUCCACAUCUCCAUUCAGGUCACUGAGCUGGGAGUGAGGGAGUGCCUAAGUGGUGUCCUUCAGGACAACCAUCUCCCUUAAUAAUUUAUUGUAGUGAUGUAGAAAUAAUGUUAAUUAGAAUUUACAUGAGGAAAACUAAUGAUUGUAACAAAUUAAAGCUAACCAUAUAAUGCAAUUAGCAAAGCAUAACACGAGUAGAAAAAAACAAAUUCAUUCUAACCAGCGAAUGAUCAACACAUGAAAAGUUAGGAUGAAACAGUUUCUAAAAUGUUUUGAGGUUGCAAACGUACACAAAAUGCUUAGUGGUGUGUGUGUGUGUGUGUGUGUGUGUGUGUAGACACUUCUUGUUUGAGAUUGGAAGGUUUUAGGACAGUGAUGGAGAUAGGAGUGUCUAGUGUGUAGGGUGAUGUCAUGGGGCUUCUCUCCCAAUACUAGUGUCAUUGUCACUUAACAGGAUAGUGCAGGGGUGGGGAAAGGCAUUGGUCAAGGCAGGACUGCAUGGAUUCUCUGGCAGAGUUUUUCCUCACCUAUGAAUAAUUGGCAUCAUUUCCUAUGUGUAUGGCAACAAACCUUUCAAAUGUUGUGUAUUGUAUGGAUAUCCACUUGAGGAAGGUUUACAGCUCGGUGGUAGAACAUCAGGGAGGCCUGGGAAUGUCCCAUACGGGAAGACAAGCUGAAUUUGACAAGGUGCAACGUUCAAAAAGCACAUACGCACACUAGAUUUAACACCGAUAGGCUCCAUCAGAACAUUGCACAUUGUCACUUUCAACUUGUCUUCUGUGGGCAUCAGCACAUUGGGCCCAAUCAAUACUUGAUUCCUGUAUUUUUCCUCUGAUAUUACCUAUGCAAAACAAACCUAUGAAACUUUUCCUAUUUGAAAUCCCUAUUCAAAUGGUAUUCAGAGCCUAUCAUCCCUCCAACUGGGAUGCCAAAGGAAGGAAAAGUGUGCUGGGUGGGAUAAAGGAAGGCAAGACAUGCUGCCACUCUCCAUCAUAUAUGCCUGAGAUUGACCCAGGGUAAAUAUUGUCUGAUCCAGACCCAUGGUUCUUUGGCUGGAACAAACAUCAAUGCUAUUGUAACACUGCAAGAGUUCCCGCUUGAAUUUCCAUUGCUUUCUGGGAUAUUCUAAAGAAAAGAUGAGGCAAAAGUAGGAAGAGUGGCAGUUGGAAUAAAAUAUGAAGUCAGUUCCUUGGGGAUAUAACCUUUUCCAAAUACCAAUUAACUUGAACUUCAAUAUGAAGUUAAUUUAAGAGUUUUAUUUCUCUGUGGGAAAAGGAGGAUAUAUGACUGGUUCAGAUUGCAUUUGCACUAAGUUACCUUGAAGGGCGUUAUUCCCGGUUUAGUCCUGUGAACUUCAAAAUAAGAGCUGGUGUGAUUAAUAGAAGGGAAAAACUGUAGAACUUGGUAGCCACAUAACUGGUGGCAUAUCAAUUAAUCUUAAACUGAAGCAAAACACCACACUUUCAAUGUUGUUAGAAGAUCUUACAAGUGAAUGUUUGCAUUUUAUAGUUUCUGCUUUCCAUCUAUCGUUUUAAAAAAGCUUUAACACCUAUUUAAUUUAACUAGCAGCGUCAGGCUCAUGAGUGUGUUCUCAUGAUGAUACGGAAACAUGCCUUGAAUAAAUACUUUAUGUGAUUUUUCACAGUUAAUAACCAAGCGGGUUCAAAGAGAUUUCAGAGAACAGAAUAUGAAACAUCCAUGUCAUCUCACAACACAGGGGAAGAAGCAGCUUGCCAGCCUAGGUCUAAAAAGAACAUGAUCUGAAGCCACAGGAUACAGCAACCUUCCUAUCCUAGGUCUAGAUCUGGUUAUUUUCUGAAUAAGAGGCAACCUGGGAAUCACAUAUAUGCCACUUUGAGUUCCAUAAUGGAGGUAGUACAGGAC